AUUACAUGCAAUAUUUAAUCUAAAAAAGGAAACUGGUAACACCAUAUAAAAAUAUUGUUACUUAGGUAUUAAUUUUCACCUGCAUGUUAAAUAUUUGUUAAAAAUUGUACUUAAUUUUUGCUGGCAAUAAUACAUGUGACACACAAGGUUUAGAAAGCGUAAAUGAAUACAUGAAUAAAAAUAUAUAUAUUUAGAUGUCCUCUAAAACCUAUAACCUUUAUUGUUUGUUAAUAAAAAUUAGAAAUUAAAAUGGCUUAAGUGACAUCAAAUUUAACCUCCCCUCAUGUAAAUAUUUCCCAGUUUAGUUUUCCUGUCUUUUUCCUUGGUGCAGUCUAGCUUUUUUGUUUUCAAGAAAGAAGGCGUAUUUUACACUGCAGUAGUUAAUUUUCUCCAAGCAGACUCAAGAAAACAAACACAGUCAAAGCAGCUGACAUCCAAUGCCAUCUGCUGAGGCCAGGAAUGCCGUGGGGAGACCCGAGAGCCUCCGCACGUCUCACCACGACGACAGGCCUCGACUCCCGGCUGUGCGGCGUCUCCGCUCGCCAUCAUUUCACAUGCAAGGAAGAUGAUGAUGAUUCAUCCGGCCGUAAUCACCAGCCUCGCUAAUUGAAGGACGUUCUGAUUUAAUGUUCUUGCCUUUGAGACCUUGCUUACCUUGAAAGUAAAAAAAAAAAAAAUUACAGUUCAGUGUAUAAGUAUGUGUGAUAGGAACAUAUCUUGUAGAGGUUGGGCUUUAUUCGUAUUGACUUUGUUCAGCAUCUAAUUCCUUCUCUUUCUGUGUUAAUGAAAGAGAGGAAAUGAACGUUAGUGAGGCAGCCUGCCUGUCCUCGGUGCCAUGAAGACAAGCGUGACAGCGCGUGUGACUGCCUGCUGCUGCUAUUCACACACAAACAAUAACCGUAUUUAUUCAAUUAACAGAUAAUGAGCAGGCUGAUUUAAAGGCUGUUUACACUGCCUAUUUGCUUUACACAGACAGAGAUUAGGGUGCAUGUCUAGCUGCAGUGUGCGCCGGUGACGGUGGCAUUGUUUGCCUAGGGACUGAUGUCUUUCGUAUUGGAUGCGUCUAACCGGCCGGGUCCUUGGCCUGCAGAUUGAAAACGGUGAAAGACACACAGCGCUAAUUGAUCCAUCUUCAUUCAGAAAGUAGAGAGGAAAGAUGGGGAGUUGAAAACAGGGCACAAGAGAAGGAAGAAGGUCUAUGGAAAUGCAGGAUCUAGCCAGUCCUCACAGCCGAGUAAGUGGAAGCAGCGAAUCUCCUAAUGGUCCCACCCUCGACAACUCACAUAUCAGCAACAAUUCCAUGACACCCAAUGGCACAGAAGCUAUUGGAACCAGUGGCUUCAGCCCAAGACAAACUCACCAGUUCUCUCCGCAGAUUUACCCGUCCAACAGGACAUACCCACAUAUUCUGCCUACUCCUUCGUCUCAAAACAUGGCUGCGUAUGGGCAGACGCAGUACACCACAGGAAUGCAGCAGGCCGCAGCAUAUGCUAGCUACCCUCAGCCAGGCCAGCCCUAUGGCAUCCCUGCUUAUGGCAUAAAGACCGAGGGGGGUCUGAGCCAGUCCCAGUCCCCGGGACAGACGGGCUUCCUGAGCUACGGCUCUGGCUUCACCACACCACAGACGGGACAGGCCCCUUACAGUUACCAGAUGCAGGGUGGUUCUUUCACAACAACAUCAGGGCUGUACGCAGGAAACAACUCUUUGACAAAUUCGACAGGCUUUAACAGCACACAACAGGACUACCCUGGAUAUCCAGGCUUUGGCCAGGGCCAGUACGCUCAGUAUUACAACAGUUCCCCGUAUACCUCACCCUACAUGACAAGUAAUAACACCAGCCCCAGCACGCCUUCCACCACCACCACAUACACUCUCCAGGAGCCUCCUGCUGGUAUCACCAGUCAAGCUCUCACAGACAACCCUGCAGCAGAGUACAGCACCAUCCACAGUCCAUCAACCCCCAUUAAAGAUUCAGAUUCGGAUCGAUUGCGCCGGGCCUCGGAUGGAAAGUCACGUGGCCGUGGAAGAAGGAACAACAACCCAUCCCCACCGCCCGAUUCUGACCUUGAGCGAGUUUUCAUCUGGGACCUGGAUGAAACAAUCAUUGUUUUCCAUUCCUUGCUCACGGGGUCUUAUGCCAACAGAUAUGGACGGGACCCUCCAACAUCUGUAUCAUUAGGACUAAGGAUGGAAGAAAUGAUCUUCAACUUGGCAGACACACACUUAUUCUUUAACGACUUAGAGGAAUGUGACCAGGUACAUAUUGAUGAUGUGUCUUCGGAUGAUAACGGCCAGGAUCUAAGUACGUAUAACUUCAGCGCUGAUGGUUUCCACGCAGCAGCUACGAGUGCCAACCUGUGUCUGGCCACAGGCGUUCGGGGAGGCGUGGACUGGAUGAGAAAACUGGCCUUCCGCUACAGACGAGUAAAAGAAAUCUACACCACCUACAAAAAUAACGUUGGAGGUCUGCUGGGCCCUGCCAAAAGGGAAGCCUGGUUGCAAUUGCGAGCAGAAAUUGAAGCCUUGACAGACUCCUGGUUAACACUGGCACUAAAAGCACUAACAUUAAUCCACUCAAGGUCAAACUGUGUGAAUAUUCUUGUGACCACCACGCAGCUCAUCCCAGCCCUGGCGAAGGUCUUGCUCUACGGCUUGGGAGUCGUCUUCCCCAUAGAGAAUAUUUAUAGCGCAACAAAAAUAGGGAAGGAAAGCUGCUUUGAGAGAGUAAUUCAAAGAUUCGGGAGGAAAGUUGUUUACAUUGUUAUCGGAGACGGGGUGGAAGAAGAGCAAGGCUCAAAAAAGCACAACAUGCCCUUCUGGAGGAUCUCCAGUCAUUCGGACCUCAUGGCCCUUCACCACGCUCUCGACUUGGAGUACUUGUAGCACUACACCAACACCACAGUAAACCCCUCUCUGCACAUCAGGACAUCGAGCGACCUUUCACCUUUGCCCUCUAGCCCCUAUCCUUUGCUUCGCUGUGGCUUCCAGAGCUCAGAAAAUAGGAAAAGCACCCCCACAAUACUCUCACACGCAAACCCCUGCUCUUCCUCAUGUGCUGCCCGGCUGCCCAGCUGUCUUUCGCUACAAUGAAUGAAAAAGAAAAGAAGAGGAGUGGGAAGAAAAAGAAGCACGCGGUUAAUGUGCUGACAUAAAGUCACGCAUUGUCUUAACCCUGAAACUUUUCAUUUCUCUCCUCUGCGACACAAAGAACGGGAGAGAGAGGUGGAUUUAUGGUGCAGCAGCUGCUCGCCCUGGUUACUGUGAAUCGGCUGCUUUCUGAAGCUGCCAAAGUGUUUUACGGCCCCUGCACACCUUCCCGUUUGUGCCGGGGCUCCGUCAGGUUUCACACCUUAGAGGAGAGCAGAGCUACUGAUGGCCUCGCCUUCUGUGCCGCAGAACUCAGCUUCAGCUGCCGGCCAAGCUUUCCUCCGUUUUCUCCACGAACUUUGCUCUUUACCAGUUGUUCUUUCGAUUCACCACCUUUUACGUCUCCUCUCUCUGUAAGCGGACAGACAGACUUGAGAUGAUUUCUGCCAGCCUCAGCGUGGGAGUCCUGUGCUUCUUAUUUAUGAACAGACUUUGCAAGUGGCCCCUGCGCCACAGAGAAGGUACCUCGAUAAGACUUGUGCCUUUUACAAAGAAACGGUGAGAGGAAGACAUUUAUGGAAGAAUCAAAAAAUAAAAAUAAAAGGGGGUUUUUCUAAUAAUUUAAGAAAAUUAACAAAAAACUUAUUUACAACGCUAAGACAAUCGUGUACAGAGGAAAUCCUUUUUUUUUCUGUGUGUAAGUUUGUAAUCACUGGACUAUUCCUUCCUAUAAUCAUUUAGGUACAUGCUCUUGAAAGGUGGCUUUGCUUUUUAAUUGAAGUAAAACUAUAAAGGAAUUAAAUUGCCCACAAGCUUGUGGAGGACACCUGAAAGUGUUGGACGUAUUCAAGUUGAAUUUUGUUGAAACGGUGUAGAUAUUGGGAUCGUGUGAUCUAUUGUUCGUCAAGACCAAAAUCGUUGAUAUCAAAGUGUCAAGGAGCCUUCUUUUGAUUCUGAGUUGUGUCUCGUCCUUGUCUCCUCUAUUAUAUGUUCCAUAUUUGAAGGGGAAAAGCGUUUAUUUUAGUCACUCAGAGAGGUAGCUCUCCACUUGUGACCUUAUGGCAUUUCACCAGCUUGCAACCCUGAUCUCAACAUAUUAAAAAGACAAAAUUAAAGUUUAAAGAACUGCAACAAAAGGCAGUUUCCUGCCUCCUGUGGGACAUUUUAACUGCAUUUCGGAUAAAUCUGAUAUUUAAAGAAGCAAGCUUGAAUAGGUUUUAUUAUCUUUUAUACAAGCACUAUAAGAACUCUUGUACAGUGAGCGUAAUUUUGUAUGAUGUAGUGUUUUUAUUUCAACAUUGACUUUGACGGGGUAAUCAUAAUUAACAGUGAAAGAAAAGCCACUAACUUUAAGGGAUUGGGGAACUUACAGGACAUGUGCUAUCAACUGUGAAUUUCUUAAAUAGAAACCGACUUGUUGUGUUUCUAAUUUUUCCCUCCUUUGCACAUGUUCACUCUUGGCCUUCGCAUUUAACUUCAGAUCCCUCUCUGCUCGAACAGAGCCCCCCUUUGUGUCGAAACAACCUCCACACACACGCAUACACACGCACACAUACUGCUGCUAGAUCAAGGUAAAGGUAGGUAAAUAGAGAAAAUGUUUUAUAGAUUCAUACAGCACGCUUUUUUUUAUUAUGUUGCAAUCAUAAAUGCAAACUGGAAAUGAUUUACACUUCAUGGGCCUCAUCGUGAAAACGCAAAAGAUUGUUGUGUCUGCAAAAAUAUGUGUACAGAUGUUUUUGACAUUAUUAUUUGAUUGUGUUUAAAUUAAUAAAAUUGAUUUGU